AUGAAGAAAGCAGCAAUGUCCUCGAAGCUAGUAAAAUCUCUUUGGCCUUGCGAUGAUAUGGAAUUCAUGGCGGUUGAUGCAGACGGACCAUCCGGUGGAAUUUUGUGCGUCUGGAAGACCAGUGUGGUUUCACUUUCCAACUGUUGCAGUACAAGGAACUUUCUUGUUCUAGCAGAGGGAGGGGGGGAUUUCAACGAGAUUAGAAGUUUGGGAGAAAGGAGGGGAUGCAUAAGAAGGGAUAGAGGGAUGAAGGAUUUCAAUGCUCUUAUUGAAGGCUUGGAACUGUCUGACUUACCUAUGCAAGGUAGGCAAUAUACAUGGAGUAGCUCAAGUGUGAGGGGUAGUUGGAGUAGAAUUGAUAGAGUGUUACUCUCAACAGAAUGGCUAGAGAAGUAUAAUUUUAAGCUAUGGGGCCUUCCAAGGGGGGUCUCUGAUCAUUGCCCUCUCCUUCUAAUGGAGGAUGGCAAAGAUUGGGGUCCAAAACCAUUUCGAUUCAUCAGUGCGUGGAUUCUGCACCCCCAAUUUAUCUCAGUCAUAAAGGAUGCCUGGUUUGGAAUAGUAAUCACAGGUUGGGUUGGAUAUGUCAUUCUAGAGAAGCUUAGAACUCUUAGAUGGACUUUAAAGAAAUGGAACAUUGAGGAAUUCGGGAAUGUCUCACACUCUGUCAAGCUAGCCAAAGCUGAAAUGCACAAUCUUGAUUUGCUGGCUGAAUCUAGGGAGUUGACUGAAGCUGAAGUUGGAAGAAGUUGUGAACUCAGGAAGCUAGUAUGGUCUCUGUAUAAAAAACAAGAGUAG